AUGUGGGAGAGGACCUUGUAUCCUCCAAUAAUAAAUGAAAUGUCAUGGACAUUAGCGGCUCCAUUUCAAACAAAUGCAUAUUGUGCAACACCCAGCCAAUCUAUUGCUAGCAAUUAUACACCAUCACUUCAGAAUCCAAAAAUGUCAAAAUGGUUGAAGAAAAGUAGACCAUCUGUUCUAGCAAAUCAAAAUCGUUUUAAGAAGAAUACAAAAGUACGAAAAAAAAGUGGUCCAGAGUUGAAGAGGCCAACAAGUCGAUCAAUGACUCCCAUGGAACAGAUGGAAGUGAUCAGCGUCAUGCACAAAGAACAUACCAACCCACUCAAUGAAAUGUCUGCUAACGAUAGAGAAAGGUACAGUUAUUACAUCACCAACAUGAUACCCGAAAACAUGCUGGCUCCCAUGCUUCCUGAUCAGAUGAACAAUUUCAAACAACUCAUCUUUCCAGUGGCGCUCAGGAGCAGGACUGCUGAGCUGGAAAAGGAAGUGCUGGAAGAUUAUAAAAACAGUUUGAAGAUCUCUAUAGUAAACUACAUACUGGAGGACCCAAAUCAACGAACCAGACUGAAUAUACAUGCGACUCCAUGGCAAUGGCCUGUCAGAGUCAUUCGUGCUCCAGUUCCGUGGCAUGAUAAGUUGAAGUCCAUCUCCCACUUCAUUAAAAAUCACUUGCAACUGUUGAACCCCAUUAUGGACAGACUGCAGCUGCUUUGGGUCAAAGAAUAUUCCAACACAAAAUUUAUAAGCAAAGAAGGAUUGUUGAACAACAAUUUACCAAUGCUGCCAGCAGAAAUGAAGAAAUACAUUGAGGAUUGUUGCUGGAACAUGAGGGAGCAACUCAAAAAGAACUGGGUUCCAACAGUGGCGGAUAUAUUGAUAGAGAUGAGGUCGUUGUGGCAGUUCAUGGUUCCGAGAACAGACGACGGAUCGACUGUGAGGGUUCAAGAAUUUUUUUCCUGCAUUGCUGCCCUCAUGUCUCUGCAACUCAGAUCGCUGGUCAUCAGGUCUCUGGAUGAGUAUUUGGCCUUCUUUGAGGAUUAUGCCGCAGGAAAUGAUUUUCAGCCACCUUUCAACGAUUCCAUGUUCCUCAUGAAGUCGUGUUUGUUGUUCAAGAUUCGCGUGCAAGAUCUACAGAUUGAAUUCUAUCCAUUGUUUGAUGAGGUUGAGGAAAAUAUCAUUGCAUCUAUCAGGGAGAUUAUCUACUGCGCCGAGGGCAUACCCAGAGUGGACCACAAAUUGUUCCCAGAUCUCAACUAUCUAUCCAUGACGAUUAAAUCAAUCAAAUUUAAGGAAUCGAUUGUUACAAGAUACGUUGAAAAAGCUGUCAGCAUAUUUCGGAAGAACACCCUUGGUCCCAAGUUAUACAUAGCAGAAUAUACAAAAUAUUUGGAACUUGUGGGGGAUCAAGCCAAAAAUGAAAUAAGAUCCUUCACUAACCAGCCUCAAUCACUUGAAAAGUUUAACGAGAAACUACAAAACAUCCAAAACUUAAAGAACGAGUUGGCGUCACUGAGAGUAACAGUGCCAAUGAAUUUGGUGUGUCUCGAUUGCUUUGACAUCAAUGAUAUCUUCUUCAAGAAAACGAACGCACUGCAAGAACAUCUGCUGCAAUUUCUUGUCGACGAGAACAGAGAGACCAAUAAGAGGCAUCUAACUUUUUUCGAAGAUCUGAAGUUGCAUUGCAGCCUGUUUAACUGGCCGGACAACAUUGUUAUCACACUGGACAACGCGCAAACCAUGUUAAACAUCUACAGAGAUAAGUGUGAGGAAAGGCUGCAGAAGCAGGUUGAAGACUUCCGACAAAAACUUAACGACAUCAAUAAAGAAAUUGAAACAUUUAGGAAGAAGGAGAUAACAAGUCUUGACGAGAUGAAGAUCAAUGUAGACAUAUUGACUCGCAUCACGGAUAAUCUCGUUGAUGCCAGAAAUGAGCUGGUGGCGAUCAACUUCGAUGAAAGUUUGCUGGAGUGGGAGGAAUCCAAGUUCCCGAUACUCAAUCAAAUGUUUGCGGCUAAGGAUCCUUAUGAGAAACUUUGGAAGAAUGCGCUGAACUUCACUAUCAAAAGUGAAAUAUGGCUGAACGGUCCAUUCAGGAAUGUGAUGGCAGAUGUUGUUAACGACGAGUUAGCAGAAAUGUUCAGAGUGAUGCACAAGCUGACAAAAAUAUUUGUUGAUGCUGGCCCUCGAACGGUAGCUGAACGAUUUCGCAACAAGAUUGAAAAAUUCAAAAUCAAUUUACCGUUACUUAAUGUUAUCAGCAACCCAGGAAUCAGAGAGAGGCAUUGGCAGGCUAUGAGCGAUAUAGUAGGGUUUGACUUGAAACCUGGACCAGAUGUUUCCUUGGCUCAAAUGAUUGACUAUGGAUUAAUGAUUUAUGUUGAUAAAUUGGAAGAGAUUGGAGCAGCUGCCGCAAAAGAGUACACUUUGGAAAAGAAUUUGAAUAAGAUGGUCAGUGAGUGGCAGAACCUGCAGUUUGAGUUGGUCAUGUACAGAGAUACCGAGGUGUACAUUCUUUCUGCCAUUGAUGAUAUCCAGCUGUUGCUGGAUGACCACAUCAUCAAGGCGCAGACGAUGAAAGGAUCUUCGUUCAUUAAACCACUUGAAGCCGAAAUCACAGAUUGGGAAUCUAAACUUGUAUCUAUGCAGAACAUUCUAGAUAAUUGGCUAAAGUGCCAAGCUACUUGGUUGUACUUAGAGCCCAUAUUCAGUUCUGAAGACAUAAUGGCUCAAAUGCCAGAGGAAGGCCAGAAGUUUGCCAUAGUAGAUGGCAUAUGGAAGGAGGUUAUGUAUGGAGCUGCGAAGGACAAGAGAUGCUUGGUGGCCACCGGUCAGCCCAACAUGCUGAAGAAGUUGAUUGAGGCCAAUGCGUUGUUGGAAGAUGUUCAGAAAGGUCUGAAUAAUUAUCUAGAGAAGAAGAGAUUGUUCUUCCCAAGAUUUUUCUUCUUAUCGAACGACGAAUUGUUGGAGAUUUUGUCAGAAACAAAGGAUCCAACGCGAGUUCAGCCGCACCUGAAAAAAUGUUUUGAAGGAAUCGCCAAGUUGGAAUUCAACCAAGAUCUAGAGAUUCUUGAGAUGGUGUCUUCUGAGAACGAAUCUGUCAGCUUCUAUCAGAAAAUAUCCACUGCAAAGGCCAAGGGUAUGGUGGAGAAGUGGUUGCUUCAGGUGGAGGAAGUGAUGGUGAACAGCGUGAAGAAGGUGGUUGGUGAGGCGUUCGACGCUUAUGCUUCAACACCACGAAAAGAGUGGGUGGUUGAGUGGCCAGGGCAAGUGGUCAUCUGCGUUGGGUCAGCCUAUUGGACCAUGGAAGUCAGCAAUUCAUUCAAAGGCCCGCAAGGAUUGACUGCGUAUGCUAAACAGUGCAACAGACAGAUUGAGGAAAUAGUAGAGUUGGUGAGAGGAAAUGUGAUAACGACAGGAACCAGGAUAACGUUGGGGGCUCUCAUUGUGAUUGAUGUACACGCUCGUGACGUUGUUCUCAAUCUCAUUGAAAAGAAGAUACACAGUUAUCAUGAUUUCAACUGGCUGAGUCAACUCAGAUAUUAUUGGGACAAAAAGGAGUUGUACGUGCAGAUGAUAACGACGAACCUGGUCUAUGGUUACGAAUAUCUGGGCAACACAUCGAGACUCGUCAUCACUCCACUGACGGACAGAUGUUACAGAACAUUGAUGGGGGCGUUGAAGUUGAACCUCGGAGGAGCACCUGAGGGACCUGCAGGUACUGGAAAGACUGAAACUUCCAAAGACCUUGCCAAAGCUGUUGCUAAGCAGUGUGUGGUCUUCAACUGUUCUGACGGGUUAGAUUACAAAGCAAUGGGAAAGUUUUUCAAAGGACUGGCGCAGUCAGGAGCCUGGGCUUGUUUUGAUGAGUUCAACAGGAUUGAAGUUGAAGUACUUAGUGUUGUGGCACAACAGAUUCACUGCAUUCAAACAGCCAUUGCCCAAAAUGUUAAGAGAUUUUUAUUCGAAGGAACUGACUUGAUGUUGAAUAACACUUGCGCCAUCUUCAUCACCAUGAAUCCCGGGUAUGCAGGCAGACAAGAACUUCCUGAUAACUUGAAAGUUCUGUUUAGAACAGUUGCAAUGAUGGUGCCAGACUAUGCGCUCAUAGGCGAGAUUUCUUUGUACUCCAUGGGAUUCGUCAAUGCAAGAGGAUUGGCUCAGAAGAUAGUGGCAACAUAUAAGCUGUGCUCGGAGCAGUUGUCAUCCCAGCACCACUACGAUUACGGAAUGCGAGCCGUCAAAUCCGUUUUAACGGCAGCUGGUAACUUGAAGUUGAAGUACCCGGACCACAAUGAGAGUGUUGUUUUAUUGAAGGCACUCAUGGACGUCAACCUACCCAAGUUCCUCGCUCAGGACAUUCCAUUGUUUGAGGGGAUCAUUGCCGAUUUGUUUCCAGGAGUGAAGGCCACCCACCCUGAUUUUGAUGACUUUUUCACCGCCGUUAAGAACAGGAUUGCUUCAAACGAACUUCAACCCGUGCCAUGGUUUAUCAGCAAAAUUACUCAGAUAUACGAGAUGAUAUUGGUUCGACACGGUCUGAUGAUCGUUGGAGAACCAAUGGGAGGCAAAACAAAGGCCUACCAAGUGCUGGCUGGUGCCCUCACUGACCUCUCCCUGAUGGACCCACCCCUCGAGAACCAGGUGUUUUACAAAAUAAUCAAUCCCAAAGCAAUAACCAUGGGACAGUUGUAUGGACAGUUUGAUCUUGUUUCUCAUGAAUGGACUGAUGGAGUGUUAGCUACGACAUUCAGGAAAUAUGCCAUAAACACAUUGGAAGAUAGGAAGUGGAUUGUGUUCGAUGGACCUGUUGAUGCCGUUUGGAUCGAAAAUAUGAACACCGUGCUGGACGACAAUAAAAAGUUGUGUUUGAUGAGUGGUGAGAUAAUUCAAAUGUCGGUAAACAUGAACAUGAUAUUCGAGCCGGCUGACUUGGAGCAGGCAUCGCCAGCCACAGUCAGUCGGUGUGGGAUGAUUUAUUUGGAGCCACUGCAGCUCGGUUGGAUGCCUUUCAAAGAUUCCUACCUGGAACAUGUCUUCCCUAAAGCGGCUGAAGCUGACCACGUCCAACAAGUGUCCGAUAUGUUUGAUUGGUUGGUGCAACCCUGUCUAGACUUCAUAAAAUCUGACUGCAAGGUGUUGUUGAGUACUUCUCCCAUCCACCUGGUAUUCACGUUCAUCAGGUUGUUCCAUUCCCUCCUCGACGAGAUCAUACAAGAGUACAAGAACCCAACCAACAUGACACUCACAAGCGCUCAGAUAACAUUGUGGCUGCAAGGUUUGUUUCAAUUCGCUCUGGUUUGGUCAAUCGGCAGUACAGUGUCAGGUGAUUCUCGGAAAAAGUUUGAUGCCUUCUUCAGAAAUCUCGUUUACGGGUUAAAUGCCAAGUGUCCUAAACCUAAAAGCUCUAAAAUUUCUAGGAACAAUUCCUUCCCCGAACGUGGCCUGGUGUAUGAUUUUUGUUUUGAGAAGAAAGCAAGUGGAAUCUGGGUGGAGUGGAUUGAAAAGUUGGACAAAAUCAACGUCAGCUUUCCCUCCAAUGCCAAAAUCAGUGACCUAAUCAUACCAACGCGUGAAACGGCGCGUCAGUUCUUCUUCUUGAACACCUACGUGCUUCAUAACAUUCCCCUCUUGUUCGUUGGACCCACAGGAACAGGAAAGUCUGUCAUAACCAUCGACUACAUCUUUAAUCUCUCCAAAGAAUCCUUCAUAAAGAACAUGAUCAACUUCUCAGCUCGGACGUCAGCCAAUCAGACGCAGGACAUCAUAAUGGGCAAGUUGGAUAGACGAAGGAAGGGUUUGUACGGUCCACCUGUUGGCAAGAAAUGCAUCGUGUUUGUUGACGACCUGAACAUGCCAGCCAAAGAAAAAUAUGGGGCACAACCACCAAUCGAGUUGCUCAGGCUAGUUGGGCUAAAAUGUUUGCUUCUAGUGUGGCAGUGGAUUGACCAUGGUCACUGGUAUAACAAGAAGGACACCUCCAAGCUUUUCCUUGCCGAUAUGUUGUUUCUGGGAGCCAUGGGUCCACCAGGCGGGGGUAGGAAUGACAUCACAGGUAGAUUUACGCGACAUUUGCAACUGAUGUCCAUUGAUGAGUUCGAUGAUAGCACGUUGAUUAAAAUCUUCUCGACAAUUAUUGAUUGGCACUUUUCUAAAGGUUUCGACGUCAUAUUUCUUCAUCAGGGCAAGGCUCUUGUACAAGCAACAUUAAAAGUAUACAAAGAUUUGUUUUAUGGCUUCCUACCGACACCUACAAAGAGCCACUACAUUUUCAAUUUGAGAGAUUUUUUCAGAGUCAUCAGCGGCGUCAUCUUGGUUUCUCAGCAGAAGUUGACAGACGUCGAAAAGCUCAUCAGACUCUGGUUUCACGAGGUCUACAGGGUCUUUAGUGAUAGGUUGAUUGAAAGUGCUGACAGCUCUCGCUUCUUUUCGAUCGUCGUUGAGGCGUGCAGCACGCACUUCAAGGUGAACAUCGACAAGUUGUUCAGUCACCUGACGAACGGCACGCGUCUGCAAGAGAACCACGUGCGAAGUUUGUUCUUCGGCGAUUACCUGCUGCCCGAUGCAGAAAAGAUUUAUGACGAAAUACUGGACAUUGAUGAAUUGUUCAGGGUCAUGAAUAGUUACUUGGAAGAUUACAACGCUGUAAGCAGGGCACCGAUGAGAUUGGUCAUGUUUCGGUUUGCGAUUGAGCACAUAUCAAGGGUCAGCAGGGUACUGAAGCAAGAGAAGGGGCACGUUCUACUAGUUGGUAUCGGCGGCAGUGGGAAGAUGAGUGUGACGAAACUUGCGACCUUCAUGGCCGAUUGUGAGUUGUUUCGAGUUGAAAUCACAAAAAAUUACGGCACCAACGAAUGGAGGGAUGACCUUAAAAAGCUACUGUUGAAAGCCGGCUUAGAAGGAAGGUACUGUUGUUUUCUGUUCAGUGACGGUCAGAUAAGAGAUGAAGGUUUUAUGGAAGACAUCAGCAUGAUACUAAAUUCAGGCGAUGUUCCAAAUUUAUUUGGGGCGGAUGAAAAAUCAGAAAUUGUCGAAAAAAUUCAAAACGUUGCUAAAAAUGAGGGGAAAACAAUAGAAGUGAACCCGCUGGCUCUCUUCAACUUCUUCACAGACCGAGUGAAACAGAACCUGCACAUAGCGCUGACCAUGAGUCCCAUCGGUGAUGCCUUCAGGAACAGGCUUCGUAUGUUUCCAUCUCUCAUCAACUGCUGCACCAUUGACUGGUUCCAUUCGUGGCCAGAUGAUGCUCUGGAGAUGGUUGCCAACAAGUUUUUUGAAGACUUGCACCUCGAUGAAGCAAUCCACAAAGAAACUGUUAUCAUGUGCAAACAUUUCCAUCUCAGUGUCAUAGAAUUAUCUACAAUGUUCUACAACGAACUGCGACGUCACAACUACGUCACCCCGACGUCAUAUUUGGAGUUGAUAUUAACUUUUAAGAAGUUAUUAAAUGAGAAAAGAGAGAGCAUAACUACAUUGCAGAUGAGGUACAAAACUGGUUUGGAGAAAUUGCAGUUUGCAGCCUCCCAAGUGACCGUCAUGCAGAUGGAACUGACCAACUUGCAUCCACAACUUCUUAGGACGAGCACCGAGACUGAGGAGCUGAUGAUUAAAAUUGAACAGGACACUGUAGAAGUGGAAGCCAAGAAAGAGGUUGUUGCAGCCGACGAAGCUGUGGCUAAUGAAGCAGCCGCCAGAGCGCAGAGUAUCAAGGAUGAAUGUGAGAAUGAUUUGGCGGAGGCCAUCCCAGCUUUGGAGUCUGCAAUUUCAGCUCUCAAUACUUUGAAACCAAGUGACAUCACAGAAGUUAAAACAAUGAAGAAUCCGCCCGGCGUGGUAAAGUUGGUGAUGGAGGCAGUGUGCAUCAUGCUAAAUAUCAAACCGGAUCGCAAACCAGAUGGCAGUGGAAAAAUGUUUGAUGACUACUGGAGUGCUUCACAGAAACUUCUUGGCGACAUGAAAUUUCUUGAUAAAUUGAAACAAUACGAUAAAGAUAACAUUCCUCCUCCUGUAAUCAAGAAGAUAAGAGAAAAAUUUAUACCUAGCUCAGAUUUUGAACCAUCGAUAGUGAAGAACGCUUCGAAGGCGUGUGAAGGACUGUGCAAGUGGGUGAGGGCCAUCGACGUUUACGACAGGGUCAUCAAAAUUGUGGCGCCAAAAAAAAUCAAGCUGGCCGAUGCUGAAAAUGAACUGGCUCUUCAGAUGUCCAAGUUGAAUUUGAAACGAGACCAGUUGAAGCAGGUAGCCGACAAGUUACAGAUGUUGAAUGACGAGUUUGAAAAAAUGACUCAAAAGAAGAAAGAGUUAGAAGAGAACAUUGAGAUUUGUUCGAAGAAGUUAGACAGGGCGGAGAAGUUGAUAGGAGGAUUAGGAGGAGAGAAAACAAGAUGGACCAUCAACGAGAUGAAGUUGUCUGAGCAGCUGUUCAAUGUUAUUGGAGAUGUACUUCUAAGUGCUGCUCUUGUCGCGUACAUGGGGGCAUUCACUUUUAAUUACAGACAGUCUUGCAUAAAACAAUGGCAUGAAAUGUGCUUGGCUCGAAACAUUCCAUGUUCAGCGAACUACUCCCUGAUGGUCACCUUGGGAGACCCCAUCACCAUCAGGGCGUGGCAAAUAGCUGGCCUGCCUGUCGAUAGUUUCAGUAUUGAGAAUGGCAUCAUUGUAUCGAACUCAAGAAGGUGGCCUCUUAUGAUUGAUCCGCAAGCCCAGGCAAACAAGUGGGUCAAAAAGAUGGAAGCUGAAAAUAAAAUAGCAGUGAUUAAGUUAUCAGACAGUAGUUACAUUCGACAGCUUGAAAAUGCACUGCAGUUUGGCUUUCCAGUGCUAAUGGAAAGUAUAGGGGAAGAAUUGGAUGCCAUGUUGGAGCCAAUUUUACAAAAAUCAAUUUUCAGACAGCAGGGAGUUGAUUAUAUAAAAUUUGGAGAUAAUGUCAUUGAAUAUUCAUUUAAUUUCCGUUUCUACAUGACAACUCGUCUGAGAAAUCCUCACUACCUGCCCGAAGUCUCUGUGAAGGUCUGCCUGCUGAACUUCAUGAUCACCCCGCAAGGGCUUGAAGAUCAGCUGCUGGGCAUUGUGGCUGCUACUGAAAAACCUGAUUUGGAAGAAAAGAAAAAUGAACUGAUACUGGCAAGUGCAUCCAACAAAAAGAAGUUACAGGAAAUUGAAGAUAAAAUUUUGCAAGUGUUGUCGAUGUCACAGGGCAAUAUUUUGGAAGAUGAGACGGCCAUUGAAAUUCUGUCAUCAUCCAAAGUGUUGUCCGAAGAAAUAUCCGCCAAGCAAGAAAUUGCCACAUUGACUGAAGAAGAAAUAGAUGGCACUAGAAAUGGAUACCAACCGAUUGCUGUACAUUCGUCCAUUCUGUUCUUCUGUAUAUCCGAUCUUGCAAAUAUCGAGCCUAUGUACCAAUAUUCACUGACAUGGUUCAUUAACCUUUAUCUCAACUCCAUCUAUAAAAGCGAACAGUCUGAAAUGUUGGAGCAAAGAUUGGAAAAUUUAAAACAACAUUUUACCUAUUCCAUUUACAAAAAUGUCUGCAGAUCACUCUUUGAGAAAGACAAACUUCUCUUUUCAGUAAUUUUAACGGUGGGCAUACUUAAAGGAAGGAACGAGGUGGAUGACAGUCUGUGGAGGUUCCUGUUAACAGGUGGGGUUGCUCUAAAUAAUCCUAAUCCCAAUUCUUUCUCUAAAUGGCUCAGUGACAAAUCUUGGUCGGAAAUUGUCAGAUUGUCAGAUCAUGAAUAUUUUCCAAAUUUUAUGAAAAACUUUGUGGAAUCAGUGCAGACUUGGAAGAUUUUAUAUGAUUCUCCUGCCCCGCACCUCAUGAAAUUUCCGGAGCCCUAUUCGGUUCACGUCAACAACAUGCAGUCACUCGUUCUUCUGCGGGUCCUCAGGCCAGACAAGAUGGUGCCCGCCCUACAAAACUUCAUCAAAGCGAAUCUCGGCCAACAGUACAUCGAGCCUCCCACAUUCGAUCUCGAUGGAUCAUUUUCCGAUUCAAACUGCUGCACUCCGCUCAUUUUCAUUUUAUCCCCUGGCGCUGAUCCAAUGGCGGCCUUGUUGAAAUUUGCAGAAGACAAGGGCUUUGGCGGUCCAAAAAUCCAAACAAUAUCUCUUGGUCAAGGACAGGGUCCGAUAGCAUCCAAGAUGAUUGAUGAGGCAAUAGCUACGGGCACGUGGGUUGUACUUCAGAACUGCCACCUGGCUACCAGUUGGAUGCCUAGUCUUGAAAAAAUAUGUGAAGAGGUGAUAACGAUUGAGAAGACGAAGCCGGACUUUCGUUUGUGGUUGACCAGUUAUGCUACUCCAGCUUUUCCAGUCGUUAUUCUGCAAAAUGGAGUGAAGAUGACUAAUGAGCCUCCAAAAGGCCUGAGAUCAAAUUUGCUGAGGUCUUUCCUCAACGAUCCCAUAUCUGAUCCUGCAUUCUUUAAUGGAUGCAAAACUGCCAGGCGAUGGAAGAAGAUGUUGUUUGGCUUGUGCUUCUUUCACGCUGUCGUACAGGAAAGAAGAAAGUUUGGACCGCUUGGUUGGAACAUUCCCUACGAGUUCAAUGAAUCUGAUUUGAGAAUCAGUAUGAGGCAGAUGCAGAUGUUUUUGAACGAUUACGAAGAACUUCCACUAACUGCUCUGACGUAUCUGACUGGUGAAUGCAACUACGGGGGUCGUGUCACUGAUGACAAAGAUAGAAGGCUGCUCACUUCAAUUUUAUCAAUAUUCUAUACUAGUGAAAUCGUCUUCUUUGAAUCUUACAAGUUUUCUCCAAGUGGCUUGUACUAUUCGCCACCAGAAGGCUCUUACCAAAAUUACAUUGAAUACAUCAAAUCACUACCUUUGAUCGCAACUCCAGAAGUUUUCGGCCUGCACGAUAAUGCAGAUAUCACUAAGGACAACAAAGAAACAGUCGAGUUGUUUAACAGUAUUUUGCUGACGCUGCCUCGCUUGGCCACGAAAACAGGAGAAAAGAGUUCGUCAGACACCGUCUUCGACCUGGCGGGCAGUAUUCUAGCGGAGGUUCCUGAGAAGUUUGACAUUGAAGAAGUGAACAAUAAAUAUCCAGUGAUCUACUCGGAAUCGAUGAAUACAGUUUUGAGGCAGGAGCUAAUAAGAUACAACAAACUCGUACACGUCAUACGCAAAACUCUCGUCAACCUCAGGAAAGCCAUCAAGGGAUUAGUGGUCAUGUCUCUGGAGCUGGACGAUAUAUUCAACAGCAUGUUAAUUGGCAAGGUACCAUUGGCCUGGGCCUCCAAGUCAUAUCCGUCCUUGAAACCUCUCGGAAGUUAUAUUAAUGAUUUGAUCUUGAGGUUAAAAUUUUUCCAAUCGUGGAUUGACGAUGGCAUUCCAAUUAGUUUCUGGGUCUCGGGAUUUUAUUUCACGCAAUCCUUUUUCACCGGUGUAUUUCAAAAUUAUGCUCGCAAAUACCUGAUUCCAAUUGAUAUGCUGGGAUACCAAUAUGACAUGAUGUACAGUGAUGUGGUCAGCGAAAAACCGGAGGAUGGUGCAUAUAUAUAUGGUUUGUUCUUAGAGGGAGCCAGAUUUGAUAACGAGCGCAUGAUCCUCGCCGAAUCACAUCCCAAAAUUUUGUUUGUUUCCAUGCCCAUUAUCUGGCUGCGACCUGGAAAAAUUGACGACUUCCUCGUGCGGCGAGUCUACAGUUGUCCUGUUUAUAAGACGACGGAACGCAGGGGCACCUUGAGUACGACGGGACAUUCAACUAAUUUCGUACUAAUGUUGGAUAUCCCAUCUGACAAGCCUGAAAGACAUUGGAUUAAUAGGGGAGUUGCCGCUAUUUGCCAACUCGAUAAUUAAGAUGCUGCUCUUUAUUAGUAGAAAUGUUAAAUUUAUUUGAUUUUCAUUAAAAUUGUGCUCCGUUAAAACUUUUGCAACAGAUUUUUUUUAGAGUUUUGCAUGGAGCUUCUUAUCUUCAAAUGUUAUCAAUCUUUACUUGAAACUAACAUUGAGUAUUUAAUUUAUUUAUGAUGUAAGAAAAUCAUUCUGCAGAUAGUUAUAUUUUUGACGGAGUUUUUAAAAUUUCUUAUAAAAAUUCUUGACGAUUUCGUUUGAUUUUCUUUCUUUAAGCUUGUCAAAUGUUUGUUUGUCUAUUUUGUGAUUUACUUUUCAAAUUUUAAUAAGAAUGUUUCAAAACUUUUUUAGUUAUUCAUUGUUUACUUGGUAAGGUUUUUAUCAUUUUUCCGUUUGCCUUUUUAUUGAUUUAGGGUAUUUUUGAAAAACGUUUUUCUUAUUUAAAAAAUUCAUUUGAAAGUUAAUUGAAUAUAUUAAUUGAAUUAAUUGAAUAUUUUAUUUUGAAUAUUCGCAUAAUUUAUACAAAAAUAUGCAAUUUAUUUGUCUUGAAAAAUAAAA